UUUGUAAAAUCUGUAAAUAUCGGUAAUGGAAGGCAUCGUUUUUGCACCCUGCAAACGUCCCCCCCAUCUCCCGAGUCUUUCCCGAAACCCCAAUUCCAGCUUCCUCUUCCAUUACCCUUCAAAUCCUAGUUUCCUUACCCCUCCAUGGCAUCGUCCCAAGAACCCCAAUUCCAGCUUCCUCUUCCAUUACCCUUCAAAUCCUAGUUUCCUUACCCCUCCAUGGCAUCGUCCCAAGCCUGGGUUGAUUCGCUCCUCCGUUUCCGAAUUCGAUCAAAAGCCGGUUUCCAGUAUCGACAAAGACAAAGAGGGAUUAUCCUCUUCAGUUAGCCCAGUUUACACUCCCACACCUUCAAAUAGGGAGCUUCGAACUCCUCACAGCGGGUACCAUUUCGAUGGAAGUGUGCGGAAAUUCUUCGAGGGAUGGUAUUUCAAGGUCUCAAUUCCGGAAAAGAGGCAGAGCUUUUGCUUCAUGUACUCUGUGGAGAACCCUGCUUUUAGAAGGAAACUAUCGCCAUUGGAAGUGGCUCAGUAUGGACCUAGAUUUACAGGAGUCGGGGCGCAAAUUCUUGGUGCCGAUGACAAGUACAUAUGUCAAUUCUCUGAAGAAUCUCAGCAUUUUUGGGGAAGUAGGCAUGAACUGAUGCUGGGGAGUACUUUUACAGCAGGAAAAGGACAGCCGCUUCCAAACAAAGAGGUUCCUCCUCAGGAAUUCAAUAGGAGGGUGUUGGAAGGUUUUCAAGUCACCCCACUUUGGCAUCAAGGUUCCAUUUGUGAUGAUGGCAGGUCAAAUUAUGUAGAUACUGUGAAGACUGCACGUUGGGAGUACAGUACCCGCCCAAUUUUUGGUUGGGGUGAUGUUGCCUCUAAACAGAAAUCUACAGCAGGAUGGCUUGCAGCAUUUCCUGUAUUUGAACCUCAUUGGCAAAUAUGCAUGGCAGGUGGACUUUCAACAGGGUGGAUAGAAUGGGAUGGUGAAAGGUUUGAGUUUGAAAAUGCUCCUUCGUAUUCAGAAAAAAAUUGGGGUGGUGCAUUUCCUAGAAAAUGGUUUUGGGUUCAGAGCAAUGUUUUCAAAGGUGUGACUGGAGAAGUAGCUCUCACUGCAGCUGGGGGGUUGAGGCAACUACCUGGAUUGACAGAGGUUUUUGAAAAUGCUGCGCUGGUUGGAGUUCACUAUGAUGGAAGAUUUUACGAGUUUGUGCCAUGGAAUGGUGAAGUUAGUUGGGAAAUUUCUCCUUGGGGUUACUGGUUCAUUGCUGCAGAGAAUGAGACGCACAUGGUUGAAUUGGAGGCAACAACAGAGCACUCAGGUACAGCACUGCGUGCUCCAACAUUAGAAGCUGGACUUGCUCCUGCUUGUAAAGAUACUUGUGUUUCUGAACUGAGAUUACAAUUGUGGGAACGAAAGUAUGAUGGCAGUAAAGGAAAGGCCAUAUUGGAUGUCACGAGUGACAUGGCUGCAGUUGAGGUUGGAGGUGGACCAUGGUUCAACACUUGGAAGGGUAAGACCUCCUCACCGGAGCUGGUUAGCAAAGCUCUCAAUUUCCCUGUGGAUGUAGAAGGCUUUCUCAACUUGGUUCCACCACUUAAACCCCCUGGUCUGUAAUUGUGGUGGUCUAUACCCGUUGCAAGGAUUUUUGUUUUUUUUUUUGGGGGGAGGGGGAUCAGCAUUUUAAAACUCUCCAUCUCAACCAAAAUUCAAGUUUUAACUCUCGACCAUUGAGAUGGCAAUGUCAAUUGAAUCUUUUAAUGUUAUACUUCAAAAAAUUAUAAUAGUAAUAGUAAUUUAAAAAAACCACUUUACAAAAUAUAAAUAAAAAUCAGUUCAUUUUAAUUGAA